UAUGACGGCCCUUUAUGCAGAGCCAUACACAUCGUGACCAAAAUGAAAGCGGACAGAGAUAUUUUAUGCUUGCUCAGCAAAUAUCUGCACUGGGAUAGGGUUCCUCCUGGAAACAUCUGCAGCACCAUCACCAGCACACUAAAGGCUCUUCUGGAAGACAAACGUCUGACAUUCCAGAAGAGCCGCUGGUAUGGUGAGGAUCUCUGUCCUACCGCCUGGGACUACGUAUUCAGCCUGGAUCUUCUUUGUGCACAACUGGGCUGGAUGUGGACCGACACCCAUGUUAUACGAAAACGUGUUUGGCUGAUCUUGAACACUUGGCUGUUGGAAACACAAACAAAGCGAAGGCAGAUUAGAAACGUCUCUGUUGCAGCAGUUAUCAGGCUACUUGGGCGACUUGGCCAACAAGGCCUUAAGGAGAACCUGGCAGCAUCAGUGGAAAAUCUGACAAAAAGCAUCAUUGAGUUUGGGACACAAAAAGUCUCCAAAGAUAUGCCGUGGGAGGUGCAGCUGUCAUUAAUCUAUGCCAGUCACGAUCUUGCACCCAGCAACCCCAAAGCCACUCUCAAGACUUUGCAAUUAUGGCAGCAAAAGUUCACAAAGCCCGUUCCCCCAGCCGUCACCAAGUGCAUUAGUCAGAUCAGCUUCCUGUCAUCCAAAAAAAAGCCAACAAAUGUUUUCUAGAUAAUAAAUAUAGAAU